UUGAAUAUGAAGGACUACCAGCGCAAGUUUAUUGAGUUUGCUAUCAAAAAUGAAGCACUCAAGUUUGGUUCAUUCACUCUUAAAUCCGGUCGCACUUCUCCCUACUUUUUCAAUUCUGGUCUGUUUGCUAAAGGUGAAGCAUUGGCCCAGCUUGGAGGGUUCUAUGCUGAUGCACUACAGGAUUCUGCUAUCAAGUACGAUGUUCUUUUUGGACCAGCUUACAAGGGGAUUCCCCUUGUGUCUGCCGUAGCUAUUGCUCUUUCAAACAGAUAUGGCGUGAAUGCUUCUUAUAGCUUCAAUCGCAAAGAAAAAAAAGAUCAUGGCGAAGGCGGUAGUAUUGUUGGAUCGAAGCUUGUUGGUGAUGUUGUGAUUGUAGACGAUGUAAUCACUGCUGGAACUGCUAUUCGUGAAAGUUUCCAAAUCAUUACGGCAGAAGGUGCGCAACCUCGAGGCGUACUGAUCUCGUUGGAUCGUCAAGAAAAGGGUGCGAAUACUGACAAGUCUGCCAUUCAGCAGGUGGAAGAUGACUAUGGAGUUCCUGUCUUGUCAAUCGUCACUCUAUCACAUGUUAUUGAAUAUCUUGCUGAAGUUGGUGGGUAUGAGUCUCAGCUUGCCAGCGUCACUGCAUACCGCACUCAAUGGGGAAUUUAAAUUCGAAUCAUGACAUGUGAGCUGCACUACUCGAUACAUUU